AUGGAAUCGGGGAGCAGUUUAUCCACCCCAGGCAAUUACCCGGGUGGGGAUCGCCAGCAGUUUUGCGUAUCUUGGAAUUCUCAUCAGUCCAAUAUGCACAAUGCGUUUCCCAAAUUGUUGAGUUCAGAGCAAUUUGUUGAUGUGACCUUGGCAUGCGAUGGUGGUUCUAUAAAAUGUCACAAGGUGGUCCUGUCUGCCUGUAGUGAUUACUUGGAGCGAUUACUACUUGAAAUUCCCUGCACUCAUCCCAUCAUAUUUUUGAGAGACAUGCGUAUGUGGGAAUUACAAGCCCUUGUUGAAUUUAUGUAUCGGGGUGAAGUAUAUGUCGAGCAGCAACAGCUUGGCAAACUCAUGCAGGCUGCCGAGGUUUUACAGAUUCGUGGCUUAUCUAGUCAGGGAAGGGAUAGUACUCCCAGCGAAAGUGGUUCUCCACAGACUAGCACAUCCGUCUUGCCAUCUACGCCCACAAAAAGCGAUAUGCAAAAUCUUAAGAAUGAUGAAACACUCUCAAACGAUGCAAGCAGUGCAACUUUCCUUGAGGGCACAUCCAGUGUCGCUUCCAAUGCAUCAAGCAAUUCCUCUGUUACGACAACUCCCGCUGUAUCUCAAAAUGCAAAUUCAUCAAACUUCAUGAACAUAGAACACACCGAAGCACUACAGCACCUGGAAAAAGCACUAAGUGCUUGCGAAGCCACUCUCACAGAAACACCAGGCAUGGUCAAAAUGGAGCCAGACGAACAAUUUACUCAGCAACAGGGAAGCAAACCUUAUUCCAUUAGCAUGGUACCCACCAGUAACUGCAAUCCUAGCAGUCCAUUCCCUGCUAUUGAAGGGUACCAAAGACGACAGCGACGUUCAGAAGAAGAAUUGAAACAGGCCUCAGAUAUGGUGGCACGUGGAAUGACGUUCCAAGUAGCAUCAGAAAAGUAUAAGAUUCCAAUCAGUACAAUCCGAUUUUACAUGGUGCGGAAGGGCAUUUUACAAAGGCGAAAAAGAGGACGUGGUUCGAGCAAUAUCGGCGUAAACAGUCAACCAGGUAGCCCGGCCAGUCCACCCUAUCAUAUGAUGAAUUAUCGCCUGCCAGAGAGCCUAAAUUCCAGUCUACCGUAGUCUUGUGCAGAGUAGUGAGUUUUUAGACUUCACUUAAGACAAACCAAUUGAGCGAUGCUGUAUUCGAGCUGUUCCAGACUGACCUUUUUCCUUUUGCUCUAUUGAUUCAUACUAAAAAUCUUAUCAUUUAUUCAAUUACCUGCAGUUGUUUAUAAUUUUUUUAAUGAAUAUCUACUGCAAUGUGCUGGUCAUCGCACAAUGUGCAAGAAAUAUGCUAACGUACAGUGGCAAACUGAUUAUUAAGAUAUUUGACUAGCUUAUAUUUGUAUAUGGCUAUUACUUGUAUAUUUCACUUUUUUGAAAUCUUGAACAGCUCUGUCCUAUGUAUGUUAAGAAUUUCCAUGUCUUUUUCGAGGCCCGGCAUAAGGCAAUCGACAUUAAUGCAAAUUACAGACACCUCGGAAUCAUAUUGAAAUAUUCUUUUAUGGCUUUUCUCGUUUAUUUAAUUUCAUUUAUAUAUAUUAUCCAAACAGAGCGAACUGUUCUUAAUAUUUGGUGUAUUGAUAAAUUAUUAAGAUGUAUGUAAAACAUCAAACAUUUGUCUGCUGGCCAAUUUAUACGGUACAUAAUAUUAAUUAACAUCACAUUUUGUUUCUACGAAACAUGCAAUGUAUAAUUUCAAUAGCUGAUUUUGAAACAUAGUUUUUGUAUACUCUUCCAAUUGUAUAGACCAGUACAUAUACGUAUAUGUAGAAUACAUUGAUUGCUUAUUAUAUAAGUAUAAGCAAUAUUGAUUUCCUAAUGUUGUACUCGAAGAUCGUUCGUAUGAUUUAUGCAAGGCCGCAGCCUGAUCUUCUACUUACAUUGGUAACCUAAAAUUUAUUAAUUUUUUUUUUUCUAAGAGAUAAAGAACUUCCUAAAUUUCAGUUUGAUUACAAUUAUAUUAGAAUUGCCGUGGAAUGUUCAUUAAAAAAAAUCCGUGUUCGUAGUUCACUCAGAGAAUCCAUUGUUGCAAUUUGUGUACAAUAACAUGUACGUACAUUAUUAUCACUGUGCAACAGCACGUGUCGUCCAAAGCACUGCAGUGGAUAUACAAGCGUAUGAAAUUUGAAUAUUGAUAUAUUUUUUAGUCUUGCAAGUUGAUUAAAAGCUUGGUCGGUCAUUAAACUUAAGAUCACCUGCUCGCCGUACGUAAACGCAUAUUAGCUUGCAACUGCAACUUCUACCUUAUUAUAUAGAUAUUUUUGUAGACACUUUUUAUCAUGGAAAGUGAGUUCUUUCUGCCGUAUAUUGUAAUAACCUAUACACCUUAACGACUUUUCCUGUAAUAGGACUGGUAUUUGUUCAAAGUUUACCAUUAGCUUUGAUAGGCAUCACAAGAGUCAAGGAAAUCAUGACCUAUGUAGUUUAUUGCUUUUUACGUAUUGGUGUACAAAGUGAAAUUUGUAAACGACGAUACACAAUCUCACCAUUUUUCAUAAAAAUGACAAGAAGCUCACUUUAUUAUUUUUAUGAAGACUGGUAUCGCCUUUUCAAAGAAUUUUCUCAUAGGAAGGCAGUAAACAAUAGUGUACGCAGCAUAAACGUACAAUGUAUUGCCUUUGUUAAAUAGCAUUUUGAUAAAGUCAUAUUUUUCCAUAAAACACCAUAAACGCGAUCAGAUUACACUGUGAGAGCAUAAGCAGGAAAGAGUGUCAGAUACAUAAUGUAGAUGAGCUGAGAAUGCAGUUUCAUACUUAAACUUCGAUACAAAUGUUUACGUACAAUUCACGAAUUAGAAGAUCAUGCGCUCGUUAAAUACUUAUUCAUUUCCUAUAGAGGACGAAUUAUUAACGUACAAUAAUUUUCAAAUUUUAUUCCCCCUUCCUAUAAAUGUGCUUUCUUUCAUUCGACUCAUCCCUAUUUAAUUAUCUCAUUCUCGACCUAGUGGAAAUUUCGCGUUUUGUUUCAGGAAAUAUGUAGUGCACAACCUGACGUAUUUUAAAGAAUAUCUAUUACAUGCCGUUUUCGAAGUGCCGAUAUUAAAUAGUGAUAAUAAAUAAUGAUAUAACGAUGAAAUAUAUUAAUACUUACGUGUUCGGUAAGUUUUAUGUGUGAAGAUGCCAUGUAACAAAUUGGAACUGUGCAUGGCACAUAAGUGACUAGAGACAGACAGCGUUAGUUGUUAUAUAACUAGUAAACAUUAAUUUCACUUGGUAAACGAGAGAAAAAUCAUUAGGAUUAUGGACAUGUAUCGCAUAUAUAUUUGUAAAUAUUAAGCAUCCGCUGAUUUGGAUGGUCAAACAAAAAAAAACGUUAUUUGGUAGCUCGCAUUCUUUCCGUGUGCUCUGCGGUAUAAAUUAUUGUUCUAAGAGUUCCAGUUGACAAAGGUUUUAUACAGAUCUAUUGAACCAGUAUUUCAAACCAAUGAUGAAUAAUUAGUUUUCUAAUGACACAAUGUGCUUUGUGUGAAUUUAGGCGAGGAAAAGUGCUAACCAGUAAUGCCGAGUGUUUCUAAUAUUAUUUUUUAGCGAAACUUCGUGUCAUAUUCAUGUGUAUCAUAAACUCUCACAACGUGUAACUAAACCACAAUCAAAGAAGUGUGAACGAUACUUAAUAAUUACUGUUAGAGCAACAUUUAGAAGUAAGCAUCCAUUGUAGACGUGGAUCGUAAUUUAAUUUUGAUAAUAGUUCUUAAACUGGCCACAUUUUUGAUUGUUUCUCUUAUCGGUGGUAUUACUAUAUGUAGAUAGUUUCAAUAGCUGGAAAUAAUGGCAGUUCGUUACAUGGAUUUACUAUUUUAAGUUUUUCCACAGUUACCGAGAUGAAUCUUAUAUUAAUUGAUGGUACAACCAUAGCGAUAUACAAUGAUCCUCAAAAUGAAACAUUGCAAAUCUACGGUCUGCGUGGCUGCAUUUCUUAGGAUAUUUAUAGAGAACAUUAACAGUCUCCUUUGUAGAUUCUUUGUUCUGUAAAUUUAUUUAAAAAUUGCUCAUGUACUCAUAUUUCUUAGAGCUUUUCAAGUAUGUUUGUGAACAUUUGAAAAAGAAUUUCAUUCUUUUUUUUUCUCGUUUCCUCAAUGCCACGUGGAAAACCACAAACUUCCAAAAAUUUCAAUUCACGCAACUACAUAUAUUCACAUUACAAUUAAACAUACUUGGUUGCGAAUGCGUUUUGCAGGAAAUUCAAAUUUAUAAUCGGUUAUUAUUAUUUAAAGGAAUAUAGCAUCUCAACGAUAUUUAUAAUUGUAACCGGUACGCGCAUGAUUAUCAUUGAUAGCGACAUCAAGAAUUUUCAUACACGCGUGCGACACUGAUUGAUAAUAAUACAUCAAAUGAAAUACGAUAUAAAUGAGUUCAAUAAAUUCUUGUAACUUACGUAUGUACAUUCCAAUAAUUUGUAUUAGAUUCUCUUUUCACAGGACAUGUAAAGUGUCUUAUCACAAGACUUUUCCGAAACACUCGAUGAAAUAACAUAAUUAUUUAUUUAAUUGAUUCACUGAAGAGACACUUGAUACCUUGUAAAAAUUUCAUUUUUAGAAUAUACUACUAUAGUAAUAAGUUAACGAUUGUGUUACGUUUGACGUAAUUAGUGUCGAUGCGUGUACCAAACAAACUUAUAUCAAGCGGACAUAAGCGAUUAAUAUUGUACUUAUUUCAAUAUGAUCGAAUAGGCAUUAUAUUUAAUACUCCUUAGGGAACCGGGAAACAGUCAAGUAAUUUUUUGACAAAUUUAUUAUUGUUACAGUUGUCUAUUUGCUUAAAUAUUUUGUCAUACCUCCCAUGGAUCAGAUUCUUAGUAGAAACGAUUGGAAACCUAUAUUGAUCGAAAUCACCGUAAAGGAGAAACAUUUAAAUUGAUUGCCUUAAAACGUACACUCGUUACGUGAUAAUAAUAAAAUUUCAAAUAACGAAGAA